GUGGUGAAUACGAACGUCAAAAUUUUACCUAGCUCAUGGGGCUAGGUAAAAUUUUGAUAACUUCUAAAUAUGUUUACAAAUAGCAUUGUUUGGCGGUAAUAAAGAGUUCAAAUCAAAAUAGAAGCUGAAAAAAUGACAAAAAAAGCGUACGUUACUUGGAACCACGCGGAAAGGCUUAUGUUAAUAAGAAGGAGGACAGAAGAGGAUGCGCUGUUCAGCGGCAAAAAUGCAAACUCCAACGAAGGAUGGAAAUCUGAAUGUAAUUUUGCAGAAAAGUAUCGGCGUCGCUUCCAAUGAACAAAGACUGGAUGUGCUGCAAGUCACAGUGGAAUGCUCUAGUGAAGAAAUACAAAAGUUUCUUUCGCUACAAAACAGGCGAAGGAACAGGAGAAGAGGCGGUAGCAGAGGAAGCAAAAGACUGGCAGUAUUUCGACGCGAUGCACGAGUAUGCUUCGCAGAAAGACAAUUACCAUCCCCCUAUUUAUUGGACAGCGGAGAAGGAGAAGUGUCCAUGAGAGAGAAAUCUCCAACACCUUUCAGCUCAUCUGCAGCCCCUUCAACUUCUCGCUCAUCCACAUCGCGAUCGAGAUCGGGCACUCCACAGCUGCGCAACAGAGAUGAGCGUUUUCAAAGGCUGGAGCAGCAUAUUAUAAGACGUGACCAUAAAUUCAAAAGGAGAGUGGGAUCUUUACUUGCGGUUUUUGGGCAAAUGGUACAAACCGAUUAUCCCCACAUAAAUGUAGACAGUUUGCUCGUAUCUUCCGAAUCGGAUUCAGACUAAUGUUUAAUACGAAUUUGAUUUUAUUAGUUCGUGUAGUUUUAAGAAAAAAUGAAGUGAUAUCUUAAUUUUUUAUUUAAAUAAUGAGUGUCAUAAUGAUAAGGUUACCGUACAUUGAUAAGUAUAGACUAUAUCGAUGGCUGAGUGGAAGAUCGACCUAUCUCGGCAGUCAGUUCGAAAACGCCCUAUCACAGAAAAUUUUUCAACAACGCCCUACUAAAUUUGGUUGAAGGAUGCCGUAUAUUAGAAUUUGAUUGAAAAACAUUCUAAACACAGCUGCUGAUUCAAAAACGCCCAAUCUCUGCACAUUUUCA